AUGUUGUUUCUGCUGCUGCUGCUGCUGCUGUUGGUGGCAGUAGAGGCAAAUUUGAUCAAGGGUCAAGUGUUAGUACCACCGUACACCAAUUUGGCACUUGGUAGAAAAAUUGAGGCAUCCUCAACAUGCGGUGAGAUCACUGGACAACCAAUAAAAGAAAUAUAUUGCCAAAUAGCUGGUUCCAGUCAGUACAAUCCUUUGAAUCAGUAUUCAUACAGUACGGGUGAAGAUGGUAUUUCUGUUUUUGCUGAGCUUAAAAUGGGAAAGCAAUCUUUUGUUCAGGGUGGACAGAUGUGUGAUUUUUGCCAAGCAAAUAGUUCAUUUGCACAUCCAGCUACUAAUAUGGUUGAUGGCCGAGCAAGUUGGUGGCAAAGCCCACCAUUGAGUAGAGGCAUGCAAUAUAAUCAAGUUAACAUAAGUAUUGAUCUUGAACAGGAAUUUCACGUAGCGUAUGUAUGGAUUCAAAUGGCGAACAGCCCUCGGCCCGGAUCAUGGGUGCUAGAACGAUCUGUUGAUGGCGGAAAAAUUUAUAACCCAUGGCAGUAUUUUGCAGAAACACCUGCAGAAUGCGAUCGUUUAUUUGGGCGACAUACGCUACAACCAAUAGUAUCUGAUGAUACUGUAAUAUGCACACAUGAAUUUUCGGGUAUUCAUCCAAUGGAAAAUGCAGAGAUAAUGAUCAACUUACUUGAGAAUCGCCCUGGAAAGCACAACUUUAGCCAUUCUGAAGUUUUGCAAAAUUUUACUCGCGCAACAAAUGUACGCCUUCGUCUUUUACGUACUAAAACACUGCAUGGACAUUUAAUGGAUGUUAAUCGUCGUGAUCCAACUGUCACACGACGAUACUUCUAUGCGAUCAAAGAAAUCUUCAUGGGGGGUCGUUGUGUAUGUAACGGGCACGCAGACACAUGUGAUAUUCUUGACAUCAGACGUUCUAACACUCUCCUUUGCCGAUGUGAACAUAAUACUUGCGGAGAUCAUUGUGAACACUGUUGUGCAGGAUAUGAGCAGAAAAGAUGGCAACGUAGUAAAGAAGGAGCUGAAUUUGUGUGUGAACCAUGUAACUGUCAUGGUCAUAGUGAUGAAUGUGUUUAUGAAGAAAAACUUGAUAAAAUACAUGCAAGUUUGGAUAUACAUGGAAAUUACGCAGGUGGUGGUCGCUGUCUAAAUUGCAAACAUAAUACAGAAGGCAUAAACUGUAACAAAUGCACUUAUGGAUAUUAUCGACCGAAAGGAAAAUUUUGGAAUCAAACAGAUGUGUGCCAGCCUUGUAUAUGUGAUCCUGAAAAACAUUCUGGAGGUUGUGAAGAUGAAACAGGUCAUUGCUUUUGUAAGGAUCAGUUCACUGGUAAAAAUUGUGACAAAUGCGCGCCUGGUUAUUAUUCACCACCAGAAUGUAAACCUUGUGAUUGCUCAGUAAAUGGCACAUUGGAUAAAAUAUGCUUGCCCACUAAUGGACGUUGUCCGUGCAAGAGUAAUUACGUAGGAAAUCUUUGCAAUUCAUGCGCACCAGGUUAUACCAACAUUACUGGUGGUUGCGUUGGAAUAACUAUGUUUUUUUUAAUCUCAGCUUGCAAAUGUAGUAAAUUUGGAUCGUUGCAUAAUAACUGUGAUGAAAGCUCUGCACAAUGUAUGUGCAAAGCAAAUUUUGCUGGACUUAAUUGCGAAAGUUGUGCCGAUGGAUACUUUGAUCAUUCUCGAUGUGAAUAUUGUGAUUGUGAUACUAGUGGUACGGAAGAUGGUAUAUGUGAUAAAGAAACAGGUACAUGUCUAUGUAAACCAGGGUUUUCUGGUUCAAGAUGCGAUCAGUGCAGUUCGAACUAUUAUGGCUAUCCACAUUGUAAAGAAUGUGGCUGCAAUCAACAAGGCUCAAGAUCAGUAGAAUGUGAUCGUAAAACUGGUGAUUGCCCUUGUUAUGCUAAUUUCACAAGCAAAAAGUGUGAUCGCUGUGCGGCAGGGUUUUAUGAUUAUCCUAAUUGUAAACCGUGUUCUUGUUUAGCUACCGGUUCCAAAGGAAUGACCUGUGACAGCACUGGACAGUGUUAUUGUAAGCCGAACUUUCAAGGUCAGAGAUGUGAUCAGUGCAAAACUAAUUUUUAUAAUUUCCCGAUUUGCGAAGAAUGCAAUUGUAAUCCCAAAGGGGUAGUGACAAGUUUUGCUGGUUGCGACCAAGUUGCACCUGGAGACCUCUGCACCUGCAAAAAGCAUGUUACUGGUCGCAUAUGUGAUCAGUGCAAGCCAACUUAUUGGGACUUACAAUACCAUCAUGAAAAUGGUUGUAUCAAAUGUGAAUGUAAUCUGGCUGGUACGAUUUCUGAGUUGAAUGAUUGUACUCUUGUCGAAGGGCAAUGCAACUGUAAACGACACGUCGCAGGUCGUCGCUGUGAAAAAUGCGCAGAUGGAUUUUUCCAGCUGGAAGCGCAUAAUAAAUUUGGAUGCAAGGCAUGUAAGUGUGAUAUUGGAGGAGCACUUGGAGUUAGUUGCGAUAUGGAAACAGGGGAAUGUCGUUGUCGUCCGCGAAUUACUGGGCAAAAAUGUGAUAAACCUAUACAGAAUCAUUACUUCCCAACAUUAUGGCACAAUAAAUAUGAAGCAGAAGAUGGUUUAUCGGCUGAGAACAAACCUGUGCGUUUUGCUACUGAUACAAGCAAAUUUUCAAAUUAUUCUUGGAAAGGAUAUGUAGUAUUUUCACCAAUUCAAGAAGAUGUUUUAUUGGAUGUAACAGUGAGCAAAGCUAGCCUCUAUCGUCUUCUUUUACAUUAUGUUAAUCCAACUGAUAUCCAAAUUAAUGUUCGAAUAACAGUCAUACCUCUAUUCACACAUACGCAAGAUGUGGAGCAAAUUAGUCGUAUGAGUUUCCCAGUAGCAGUUGAACCAUUAACCAUUGCAGUCAACCCAAAGCAACCAUUCGUAUUGAAUCCUGGAAAAUGGCGCAUUAAGAUUUCUACUAAACAACGUCUAUUUCUGGACCAUAUCGUAUUGUUACCCUCAGAAUAUUAUGAAGGAACGGUGCUAAAAGAGCGUGUUUUUGAACCAUGUCAUGCCUUAGAUUCACAUAAUACUACAUGCUUUGACAUGCUUUAUCCACCAUUUCCAUUUACUUCACGCGCGGAUAUAACGGGAUACGGAUCAUUUAUGCAGAAACAAAAAAAUGGCAGCAUGUCACUACUUGAAAAGAUUUCUGAAAUGAAAUUGCCUGUUAAUGUUGGACAUGCAGGUUUGAUACGAGCUGAUGAUGAGGAUCGCGAAAUUUACAUAUAUUUGGAGGUACCAGAGGAUGAUGAUUAUCUUAUUUUACUAGAAUAUCAUAAUGCCAAUGUGAAAACGAUCCCAUUAAUUGUGCAAGCACAACAAAAUGGAAGGCUUUUGAUGAAUGGAACUGUUGUUCUAAAAAAUUGCCCAUAUUCAACAUUUUGUCGUGAAGUAGUGUCAUCUAAUGGCAGUGUUCUAUCUGUAGCUUUAAAACAUGAUAAUAAUGUAACUGUUAUACUCGGUGUGGAGCAGGAUCAUGAAUUUGGUUUAGCUACAGCUUACCUUGUUAAUGCAAAAGAUUGGAAUGUUGAUUAUCUUCAGCAAAUUUCUGUAUGCAUUCGUAAAAAUGGGCAGUGUGUAAGCCAGUGGUUUCCUCCAGCUGCUAACGGUAUUGUAAGUGAGGCUGAGUCGCAAAUGAAUUUAAAUAUCUCAAUUAGUGGAGAUAAAUUACCAUUUUCGGUUGCUAAUCCGAGGGAUGUGCAAGUUAUGGCUCUGGAUGAAAAUAUGGGUACUGUAGAAGUAACUGGUGUAGUACCUUCUCAUGGUCAUUAUGUCUUCAUUGUGCAGUAUUUUAAUCCAGAUAAUACAUUGCUUACUGUUGACGUGACGUUACAGAAUGGACACGUGCAUCACGCGCAAGUGCCGUUCUCAUAUUGCCCAAGCGUUAUUGGUUGUCGCACUCUUAUAAGAGACAAAGAACGACCAGAUGUGAUACAGUUUGCUAUAGAAGACAAGUAUACAGCCUCAUUUUAUUUCAGUGAAAGGCAAAAAGGACCAAUAUACAUUGACUCGAUAACGUCUCUACCAUUUAAUUCGUACAGCAGUACGUUAUUGUCUCCAUUACCUAUGGAUUUGUCUGAUGAAUACAUACAAGAGUGCAACACCAAUAACUUUGAAAAUGAUCCGUCAAAUAUCAGUGACUACUGUCGUCAGAAAGUGUUUUCAUUAACAUCAGAUUAUAAUAUGGCUGCUCUUCCAUGUGAAUGUAGCUCACAAGGCAGUACAAGUUUCAUGUGUAAAGAAUAUGGUGGAGAAUGUCCAUGUCGUGCGAAUAUUAUUGGACGCCGUUGUGAUCGUUGUGCUUCUGGCUAUUAUAGUUUUCCUGAUUGCAUAAGUUCAUGUCCUGAUAAUCACUUAUGUGACGAGAGAACUGGACAAUGCUUCUGCCCACCUCAUGUUGAAGGAAAGAAUUGUGAUAGCUGCGUACCGUAUGCUUUCGGUUAUGAUCCUCUAAUAGGCUGUCAGCUAUGCGGCUGCCAUCAAAAUGGUUCAGAAGGAGAGCAGCUUCAAUGUGAUCCAGACAGUGGACAAUGCUUAUGCAAGGCAAAUGUUGGUGGCAGGAAAUGCAAUGAAUGUUUACCUGGAUUUUAUGGUUUUCCACAUUGCUACGAAUGUGCAUGUGAGAUAAAAGGCACAACAGAAGAGAUAUGUGAGGCAACUAGUGCAACAUGUAAAUGCAAGAAGAAUGUAAUUGGUGAAAAUUGUGAUACUUGCCGUACAGGUGCCUUUGAUUUACGUGUAUCGAAUCCUGAAGGUUGCGCAGAAUGUUUCUGUUUUGGUGCUACCGAUCGUUGUCGAUCUUCAUUUCUUCCUGUUACUUUUGUGAAUUUUGAUGAAGAAGCAUGGAAAGUGUAUCCUAAUAAAUCAGUAAAACUUUCGAAUGGCAGAGUUGUAUAUCAUGCAGAAAACGAUAGUUCUGAUGAUGUGUAUUUUUUAGCUCCAAUAGGAUCCAACCAUGACUUUACUACUUCAUAUGGUUUACAGCUUUCAUUCAUGAUAUCAUCUGAUCCUAAGCAAAAUGAGACUGCAAUGAGUUCUGCACCGGAUAUUCAAAUUGUUGGUAACAACACUACCUUGGAUUUUUGGGCUCGAGAGCAACCAGCUAAUCCACGAAUACCCUUUAUUGUCGAAAUGAAGCUUUUACCGGAAAAUCUGAUGGAAGCAACGGGACAACCAACAACACGACAAACUCUUAUGAUGGUUUUGCACAGUUUAGAGGAGCUCAGAAUCAAAGCUUGUUAUUAUACAAACUGCGAAUCGGCUUCAGUUAGUGAGUUGCAGCUUGAAAUAGCAAAAGAUGAAGAAACAAACGGGGAUAGUUAUACAGCAUCUUCUGUUGAAAUAUGUCAGUGUCCUUCACCAUAUACUGGACUUUCAUGUCAGCAAUGUUCUCCUGGUUAUUAUCGUGUUAAUAAUGGUCGAUAUCUUGGUGCUUGUGUACCAUGCAAUUGUAGCGGUCACUCUGGAAGUUGUGACGCAGACACUGGAAUUUGUUUUGACUGUCAGCAUGACACUUUUGGGGACCAUUGCGAAUUUUGUCGUAUUGGAUUUUAUGGUGAUGCUACUAAAGGAGGACCUUAUUCGUGUUUACCUUGUGCUUGUCCUUAUGCUACUGAAGGAAACAACUUUGCGAUCAGUUGUCAGGUAAGUGAAACGGGCAUGUUAGAAUCAUGUACUUGUAAAGAAGGAUAUACAUCUGAUUACUGUGACCGAUGUGAUAUUGGCUAUUAUGGUCAACCGACAGCGGUGAAUGGUGUUUGUCAAAAAUGUGAUUGCAACAAUAAUAAUGACUUGAACAUAGAUGGUUCUUGCCACCCGACAUCCGGUCAGUGUGAUCUCUGCUUGAAUAAUACUGCUGGUGAACACUGCGAAUACUGUCAAACAUGGUAUUAUGGUGAUGCUAUCGAAGCAAAAAAUUGUACAAAUUGUAUGUGCAAUCAGUGUGGUAGUUUAUUAUGUGAUAAUAAAUCGGGACAAUGUGAAUGCUUACCAAAUGUUGAGGGAAAAAAUUGCGAUCACUGUGUGAUGAAUGCAUGGGGUUUUUCACAGUGUCAUGGUUGCAAUAUGUGUAAUUGUGGAUUGGCUUCACAGAGUCCUCAGUGUGAUGCAGAAACAGGACAAUGCUCUUGCAUGCCUGGAGCUGCUGGACAAAUGUGCGAAAUUUGCGAGUAUGGUUAUUGGAAUUAUGGUUCUACUGGAUGCUCCAAGUGUGAUUGUGAGGCUGAUUUAUCAAUGGGAACAGUUUGCGAUGUAAAUACAGGACAGUGUCAUUGUCAAGAAGGCGCAACUGGUCCUAGAUGCGACCAAUGUGCUGAACACUACCUUCGAAUACCAAGUUUUGGAUGUCGAUUAUGUGAUGAGUGUGUUCAUUCCGUUGUGCGUGAUUUGGAUGAUUUGUACAGUACAGUUGCCUUUGUUAAUGGAACCAUUAAUAACAUAUCAACAACUGCUUUGGCAGGCGCUCAUCUCAAGCGCAUUCGUACAAAAAUCAGCGAUUUGCAAAAGAUGCGAUAUCCUAAACAGAUCUCUCAUUUAAAGCCAGUAUUGGACAAUCAUAUUGGGUCAGUAUUCGACCUGGGUGUUGGGAAUUUAACAGACGGCCUCUUAGAUGCAACAAAUGAUGUAGUCGACAUAUCAGUUCGAGCGAAUCGGUCUUUGGAUGUACUGCAAAGCGUGAAUAAUAAUCUGCACAAUGUUAUUGAUAGGACCAGCAUCGUUUCAUUGCAGUUCACAUUAGAUGCGUCUCGUCGUAUUGAAGAAGCUGCAUCUGUUGUUGAUUCCUUGAAAAACCUCGCUUUUUCGCUUGGAAAAGACUCUAGUGCCGUCGAUCGUCAGAAAUGGCUAGGAGAUUCCAGUUUACUUUUGCAACAAAUUCGUGAUGAUACUAAAAGUGAAAAAGCAAGGGAAUACGCAAAUAAUGCAAGUAAUGAAGUGGAAAAACUACUCAAACACAUGCAACAGCAAAAAAAUCAAAACAGUGAGGUGCGUGAAAAAUUUUUGCGGAUCAAAAAGCAAAUGGAAGAGUUGUUGAAUAACAUAACAGAUUACCAAUCAUUUCUUGAUCAAGUUCACAAAUCAGUCGGAUAUACUAUGCAGCGAUUGAACAGAUCGAAAAUAUAUGAUAUGAAUCUUGUAAAAGCUGGUGUGGAAGCUGGAGACAAUAAAAUCAAAGAAGCACUUGCCAUUAUCUAUGAUUUAAGUUCAGCUUCAGAAAUAUUCAUAGAUUCUCUUAGCCAUUUGAAUAGUACACUUGGCGAUACAAUAAGAAAAGUCCAGAAUGCAUUAGGUCGAUUAGUGGUUGCACAUGGUGGACAUCAUUUUCGAAAGAUACGUCACAUUAAUAAGAUUGAAUAUUUAAAUAAAUCGAAAGAGCUAGAGGAAAAAGCACUGCAUUUGUCCGCUUUGUUUGAUAUAACUCGAAAUGAAGCAAAAAGUGCUUUGACAGCUGCUAAUGGAUAUAGAGAAUUGAUGAAUCUAUUCAAAAAAUCAAAAAAUAUGACAAAUCAAGCUUUAGAAAAUGCUCAAAAAGCUAAGGAAUUUCACGCUAAAGGAAUGGUAGGAGUCUCAAGUACUGUCGCAUCAGCAAAAACACUUCGUGAGCAAUCUGUCGACUUACUCAAUGCUGUGGUCGACCUUAGACACUCAAGUAUCCAAGAUGUUGACGGUUUAAAAACCAGUCUUGAUGAACGAGCAACAGGACUGACAUCGCUGAUCGAAAAGCAAAAAAAUAUCGUUGAAAGCCUUCAACCCAAAUUUGACGACGUUGAAAUGAAUAGGAAAUUGGAAUAUUCUUUGAAGACUUCGCAAGAAGUGAAAGAACGAAUUAAUGAUGUUGUUAAAGACUUUGUUGGUUUAGAACUUGAUUUGGAAGGAGUAGUUAAUCAUAGUAAAAAAAUCGUUGGAUCAAUGUCAUCUUCAGCUAAUGCCCUAGACACUGCUCGUGAGCAAAUCUUAAAGCUGGAACAUGAAAGUUUGCCCAUUAUGAAGCAAUUAAAAAUGCUACGCAAAGCAGCUUCCAAUACAUCUACUACAGUUGAAAGCUGUCGUGAAAAGCUGAAUUUGUUGAAGGAAAAAAUUGCUCUUGCUCGAGAUCUUGCCAAUAGGAUAAAAUUAGGCGCACAUUUUGAAAAGGGAAGUGUAUUGGAGUUGCCCCUUCCUUCAAGAAUAACACGCUCUGCUGCUUAUACAAAUGUUGAAUUUUCUUUCAGAACGAUUAGCCCUGAUGGUUUGUUGCUUUUCUUCGGUAAUGAACUUGGAGUUGCUGGGACACGUGCCGUUCCAACCGAUGAUUAUAUUGCUCUUGAAGUGCAUAAAGGUCGUUUGCGAGCAGUUGCUAACCUUGGCGAUCUACCCAGAGAUUUGAUUUCUGAUACUUUUGUUGCGGAUGGUAACUGGCGAAGAGUUGCUGUAGAACGUAUUGGAAAAAUAAUCAAAUUACGAUUGUCUUCACCAAAUGCGGCGAUAUAUGAUGAGGAAAAAAUUGGGACUUUUACUGGGUCUAAAUCACUUCUUAAUCUUCAUCAAAAGAAGAGUCGUUUAUUUGUUGGUGGUAUUGCUCCUGAUAUCAAAAUUUCAUCUGACAUACUCAAUCGUAACUUUAACGGUGAUAUCGAAGAUUUGCGUAUUCAUGGAGAAACUGUUGGUCUUUGGAAUACCAAAAAAGGAGGUAAUCACAAUGUCCAGGGUGCAAAGAAAAAAGAUGUUUCUUUGUCGUUGACUGAUGAAAUUGCAUUGAGCUUCAACGGAGAUGGGUAUGCUGUUCACAAGCUUGGGAUUUGGAAUCCUCAGAAGCAAACGGUUUUCUCUUUAACAUUCCAGACAUAUUCCCCAGAUGGUUUAGUGUUUUACUUGGGAAAAGAACGUGACUUUCUAUCUCUCGAAUUGCAAGACGGUUCAGUCAAGUUGUCAUUUGAUUUCGGAUCAGGAGUCGGAAGGUUGACAAGUACUGGCAGCAAUUAUAAUGAUGGCAAACCACAUUCUGUCUACGUACAUCGCUUAGAACGUCAUGCUCGUAUGCAGGUCGAUGAUAACGAUGUUGCGGAGGGCGAUUCGCCUGGUACAAUGUUCGAGCUUAGUGUGUCCGAUGUAUUUUAUUUGGGCGGUGUGCCUUCUGAUGUUUCAACGUUAGUUCAUUUCAUUAUUGAGUCAGCUAUUUUAUUGUAUGACUGUAUAUAUUUAAAUUUUAAUGAUCAUUCCGUGAAAACGCGGGCGUAUAAAAAAUUAUGA